AUGAGUGCAGCCAACACUCUAGAGAACUGCGUGUCAUCGCUGCGAUCGAGCAUGCAACUGCUCGAUUCAUCUAUCAACAUUCUCGAUUCUGGCACCAGUGACUUUCCACGCUUGGCAAAGGUCCUGCAGGCCACUCGGCACUUCGAACUCGUCUCCGAACCCGAACUUCAGAAUGCCCAAUCGUCUCUACUUUCCGAGAUCCAGCCUGAGGUCGAAUCCAUGCUCGACCGCGUCGCCGUCUACCUUGACAAGCUUCAGCGUCGCGAAGAGUCCUUGAUCGCAAAGUGUGAACUACAACAAGGACGUCUGUCCUCGCGUCAUCCUGAACAGCAAUACCACUCAAAGGGCUCAGCCCAAUCAUCAUCGCAUGCUGGAGUCACUCCGCUCGAAGAACUCAAGAUGCAACAACUUAGACAGAAAAAGGAUCGUUUGAGCUAUGCUGUUGGCCGUCUCGAGCUACAAGCAAAUCAAAGAGAGAGGCAACUGAGAAAGAGUAUGGCUGGCUUCUGA